UCUCUCACAACCACAAGUCCAACAACAAACAACAAACAAAACACUUCUCUUAAUUAGCUAAGAAACUCUAGAAGAAGCAUCCAUUAACUUAUUAUGGCUAAAGGCGUCGAAGGAGCCGAGGGAUAUCAGGCAAGGGACUACGAAGAUCCGCCGCCUACUCCGUUUUUUGACGCGGAUGAGCUUACCAAGUGGUCUUUAUACAGAGCCGUCAUCGCCGAGUUCGUAGCCACUCUCCUCUUCUUGUACGUCACAGUUUUGACAGUCAUCGGCUACAAGAUUCAGUCAGACACAACCGCCGGUGGAGUUGACUGCGGCGGUGUCGGAAUCCUCGGCAUCGCAUGGGCUUUUGGUGGCAUGAUCUUCAUUCUUGUCUACUGCACCGCCGGUAUCUCAGGUGGUCACAUAAACCCGGCCGUGACGUUCGGAUUGUUCUUGGCCCGGAAGGUGACGUUGAUUAGAGCGGUGCUUUACAUGGUGGCUCAGUGUUUGGGUGCUAUUUGUGGAGUUGGGUUUGUGAAGGCCUUUCAAAGCGCUUACUACGUUCGUUACGGUGGAGGAGCUAACUCUCUAGCCGACGGCUACAGCACAGGCGCUGGACUCGCAGCAGAGAUCAUUGGAACAUUCGUCCUUGUCUACACAGUGUUCUCCGCAACUGAUCCCAAACGAAACGCUAGAGACUCCCACGUUCCUGUAUUGGCGCCACUCCCGAUUGGGUUUGCCGUGUUUAUGGUACAUUUGGCCACUAUUCCCAUCACUGGAACAGGCAUUAACCCGGCCAGGAGUUUCGGAGCUGCCGUAAUCUUUAACGAGAGCAAGCCAUGGGAUGACCACUGGAUAUUCUGGGUAGGACCAUUCAUUGGAGCUGCGAUUGCUGCAUUCUACCACCAAUUCGUUCUAAGGGCAUCAGGGUCCAAGUCCCUCGGAUCCUUCAGAAGUGCAGCCAACGUUUGAACUUAGCCACAAUCAACAACAAAAUGUGGUCAUCAUUAUUAUUUAUGUAGAAAUCGGGCUCAUGGUUUUUUUUUUUUUUUUUACAAUAUGCCCUCUUUUCUUCUUCCUGUUUUCUACUCGUAUUUGUGUGUGAUUCCUUUUAUCAAUCGAGUGAAAUGUUUUCAUAUUCGCAAUGUCUAUUGAGUUUUGUGUAUUGGGAAAGACCACACUACUUCACUUA